AAUUUGAAAUCAAACUCAUUCCAAGAAAUGGGUUGUUGCAUCAGCAAGUUCUCUCCAAAGACAAAAGAUUUCAAACAAGUAGAAGAACCUCAAGAGAAGUACUGUUAUGUUCCAGAGAAGCUGUUCAUGUCUCGCUGUCCAAGUCGAGUUUCUCCACUUCAUCUUCCUGAUAAGAACCGGAUUAACCCUAUCCCUGUCCCAGAUAAGUUUAUCCAUAUCCCAGAUAAAUUCUCUACUCCUCUUUCUCCUCCUGUAAAGUUGUCAUCUUUCUCUCCCAUCAAACCUUCAACCACAAGCAACUCUUCUCUCAGCUCAUCAUCAAGCUCGUCAAUUUCAACCGCUUCUUCGAUCUCCGUUUCAAAGGAGCGAUCUUUCUCCAACGACUUCUUGCGUGCUUGUUACCAAGAGAAUUCACAUGUUGCUCGGAUCAAUUCGUUAAGAAAAUCUUCUCUUUCUCUGAAAAACGCAAAACCGGGGUUUCCUAGCCGCCCUAAUUCCCCGGUUAAGCCAAACCGGUAUUCAACAACACCAAACAGAGCAAAUGAAAAUCCGGGAAGAGGAACAAAUGGUUACAAGAGAACCCGAGAGCCAUCGCCAAACAACCGUGCAUUGACACGACAAAAGAGCUUUCGUCAAGACCAAGAAAGGGUUAUUAUGUCUUCAUCAUAUUCUUUAACCAAGGGAAAGUUCUUGAAAUCGCCAUCUCCAAGCAGGAGAUUUGAAGGCAAUUUCUUGAAGUCGCCAUCUCCAAGCAGGAGAUUUGACGGCAAUUUCUUGAAGUCGCCAUCUCCAAGCAAGAGAUAUGGUAUGACGAUGGGAGAUUCGAUGGUAAGUUCAGUCUCUUCUAGUUUAAGGAAAGAUAGCUUAGAUCUGUCUCUUCCCAAGACAUUUCCUAAAAACAACAGAUCAGGGACUCAGAUUCAUCGUAUAAGUUCGAAGAUAAACGAUACUACAAUGAAAGAAGUAAUCGAAAGUCACAAGGAACCAGUUGUUCCAAUAUCUGAAGAGCUCGGCAAUCCUUUAAUUGAUUUGGAUUGCUUCAUCUUUCUUUAAGGAUUAAGUUUUUAUUGUUGAAGAUGUGUUUGUGUGCACAGAUAGGUUCUGUAUUUGUUUGAAACAAUU